AUGUCGAUUAGAUGUUAUUCUGACGUCUCUGCUCGAACUUCGUCUCACGCCCACUGUUUGUAUUCGUUUCUUUCUGUGGUGCAGCAGCAGGGCGGUGGAGGUGGUGGUGGCAGUGAUGGUUCUGGUGGGGCUCGUAGAGGGAAGAAGAAGAGGCGGGGGAGAAGGAGGGGCGAUGGACAGGCAACGGCAGAAGGCGCUUCAGAUGCAGGGGCAGAGGGUGGUGCAGAGGACGUGGCAGGGGUGGGUGCAGCGACAGCAGUGGAGAGUGGUGCGGAUGCAGCAAGGCAGGUUGCUGCAGAUGCAGUGAGAAGGGCUCUCACAGGGGCAGCAGCGGAGAGUGCUGCAGGAAUGGCAGUGGUGGGGAACGGUGCAGAGGCAAUGGAGGGUGGCAUGGAGGCAACAGCAUGGGUUUCUGCAGUUGCAGAAGUAGACGAGAUGGGGGAAGACCAGAUUGGGGGAGAGCAAAUACUGGAUGGGCAGACAGCGGGAGAGCAGGCGAUGGAAGGGCAGGCGGAGGGGGAUUUAUUCGUGGUGGCGGAGGAGGGUGCAUGGCAGGCGGUGUGGGAGCCGCUCUCCCACGGCGUGUACUUCUGCAAUGCUGCAGCCGCCAUCACCCAGUGGCACCCGCCAGUCCAUGGCGAGGGGAGUGGGCUUGCGUGCUGGGUGGGAUGGACGCCUGAACAGGCUGUAGCACAGCAGACUGUAGCAGAGCAGGCUGUAGCAGAGCAGGCUGUAGCAGAGCAGGCUGUAGCAGAGCAGGCUGUAGCAGAGCAGGCUGUAUCUGCAGAGGGAGCUUCCGCACAGGCAGAAGCGGAGCAGGUCAUAUUGGAGCAGGCUGUAGUGGAGGAGGUGGUAACAGAGCAGGCUGUAGCAGCAGAGGCUGUAGCAGUGGAGGCUGUAGCAGCGGGGUAUGAGAAGUACUGGCAGCAGCGGUACGGUCUGUUCUCACGGUUCGACGAGGGCGUCCUAUUGGAUGCUGACGCGUGGCCCCUUGUCACUCCUGAGGCCAUCGCCACCCACCACGCUGCCAUGUGCGCUGCUGCCAUGGAUUGUGGUGAUGAUGCCACGUGUGCAGGGGGUGAUGCUGCAACGUCAGCAGUGGGCGGUGGUGCUGGUACGCCGGCAGGAAAUGGUGAAGCUAUUGGUGCUGCCACGCAUGCUCCUGCCACGUGUGCUGCUGCAACGUAUGCUCCUGCCACGUGUGCUGCUGCCAGGUAUGCUCCUGCCACGUGUGCUGCUGUCACGUAUGCUUGCCACACUGCAUCGCUAAGUUCAGAGGAAGAUGUUCGAGAGGAAGCGGGGGAGGAGGGGAAAGAAGGAGAGGAGAGAAAGGUGAAGUGGAAACGCACGAGGGAUGCAGCAGGGGUGGUGGGUGUUGAAGGCGUGGUGGGUGCAGCAGGCGUGGUGGUGGACGCCUUCUGUGGGGUGGGCGGCAACACCAUCCACCUGGCCAAGCUGUGA